AUGAAUGCUGAUAAAGCCUUCUCAGUUCAUGUUUUAAAAGAAGGAAAAGCUUGGAAUCUGUUCAAGAAAAUUGUAGGCGAUCGUGUUAAUGCCGACAGCGUCCAAUCCACAACUAUUGAUGCGUGUAGGUCCUGUAGGACAUUCCAGGGAUUGCCACUCGCCAUCAUUUGUAGUUUUAUGCCAUACAAUGCUACCAUUUUCGACUUGCUGAAAUAUGGUAGGGCCUUCGGUUUGCUGCGAGGAAUCAAAUCAACAGAAGACGCACGACAGAAACUACACAGACUGAUACAACACCUCAAAUCCUCAUGUUUAUCAUUUGAUGGUCGUACGCCUGAGGAGUUUGGGUUGAAUGACGUCAUUCGCAAUGUUGCUGCAUCAAUAGAAUCCAAGAGAGGGGGAAUUUUGUUGCUUAAAGCUUUUCAACUUUACAACAAGAAUCCUGCUUUGAGAAUCUCUGAUCAGUUUUUCUCAAAGAUGAAAGAAUUGAAAGUCUUGGAUGUGAAAGGAAUGCAGCAUUUGUCGGUGCUGCCUUCUUCACUUGGCUUGUUGCAAGACCUUCAGACAUUAUGUUUGGAGUCGUGCUUGUUGCGACAAAUAGAAAUGGUUGAAAAGAUGAAGAAACUAGAAAUCCUUAGCUUCUACGAUUCCUUCAUAGAAGAGUUGCCUGAAGAAAUCAGGCAAUUGAAACAGUUGAAAGUGUUAAACUUGGAUUAUUGCUCCCAACUGAGCGUGAUUCCCCCAAAUUUGUCUCAACCGGAAGAACAACUUAUCGGUAACAGUUUUGCUCAAUGGGAGGAUGGACAAGGAGCAGGACGCCAUGCUAGCCUCCGUGAGUUGAAGCAGUUGUCUGAUUUAACCAGUUUAAACUUGCAUGUCCUUGAUUAUCGUAACAUGCCGAAGCGAGUUUUCUCUGAGAAGCUGCAAAGAUAUAAGAUACUGAUAGGAAACAUGUGGGAUUGGUCGGAUAAGCAUGAAGCCUCAAGAACAUCUAGGUCUGCAACAACUUCAAGAAGUUCAAGUGGUGGAUUGCAAAACAUGGUAGAAAUCAUUACUGAGGGAAGAGGAAGUGAUGUUGAUGAAAAUGAAGCAACAACCAUAGUUGAAUUUGAGCAAUUGCGAUCUUUGAAACUGCAACAAUUACUGAGGCUGACCAGUUUCAAUGCAAGCAGUACCACCGUAGCCCUUUCCAAUGAAAGGAGGUCUGCAACAACUUCAAGAAGUUCAAGUGGUGGAUUGCAAAACAUGGUAGAAAUCAUUACUGAGGGAAGAGGAAGUGAUGUUGAUGAAAAUGAAGCAACAACCAUAGUUGAAUUUGAGCAAUUGCGAUCUUUGAAACUGCAACAAUUACUGAGGCUGACCAGUUUCAAUGCAAGCAGUACCACCGUAGCCCUUUCCAAUGAAAGGCGCAUCACGGAUAUGGCAGGAGCAGCCAUUUUCAGUGCCUACUUGAGUUCAAAAUUUAACCAGCAUCACAGCGGAGGGUUGUGGUUGUUGGAUGAACUUACAUUAGAUAGCCGAGACAUGUCAAUGUUAAGUAGGAAGACUUGCCACCUAACCUUUUUAGCGACAAUAAAGUUCUGUAAGUGCAUUGUUACCAUGAACCAACUAUUUUCCAUCAUGUUCAUCCAAAGCUUCACCAAUUUAGACAAGAUUUAUGUUGGCUGUUGUAGAUUCAGAGAGCUCUUCCCAUCUGAAAGACUAAUUGGUAAUCCAAAGAAACCUCUCGGGACCCUUUCAAGAGUUCGAACCUUGAAGUUGUUGGUCACUUUGGCUGUAUUGAACUGCCAUGGCGUGGAGCAUAUAAUCUCGUCCUCUACUGCCAAAACACUUGUGCAACUCACCAAAAUGAGUGUAAGAGAAUGCCUUAAGGUGACUGAAAUUGUUGCAAAUGAUGAAGAAGCAGUUGAAACAUUGGGAGAAAUCAUUUUCCGCAAGCUCGUGGUUCUGGAGCUAAAUGAACUACCUAGUCUCCUAUAUUUCUGCUCAGGGAAUUAUGCCUUGAGGCUCCCAUAUUUGGAAGAAAUAAAUGCUUACUCAGAAGACAACGCAUAUAGAACUGAAAGGUUGCCGAGAAAUGCCAUUACUAAUAAUAUAGCAAGUUAUUGGAUAAAUGCUGUUCAUGGAUUACAAGACAGACAACUUACUGAGUACGAUAGAGGUUGGGAGAAUAUAACAACAUGGACAGUGAAACAAUGA